AAAUAUUGUAUUAAAAUUACAUUACAUAACAAAAAUAACAUGCACACUUAUGGCACUUAUUUACACUUUAUAUAUAACUUAAGUGCACAUUAAGUGAUCAAUGACUCAUGCCGUAAACCGGUUAUAUUCAAUUAAACCAAUACUGAAUUAUUCAAUAAACCUCCAAAAUAUGAGAAAUGUUAAAGGUUACCCCUUUAACUUGGAGGCUGAUGCGAUAGCGUACCAAACAAUGACACAAGCUGAAAUCAUAGUGAACAAGGGAAACACUGUACACGCCUGAGUUACGGGUGACUCAUGCCACAUACAAGAAACAACUGUGUAAGCAAUAUAGUUACGCAUGAAGCCUCCAUAACUCAAAUGUAAUAAUACUCUUCAUUGUAAUAAUUAUUAAAUAUACUUUCACCACCAAUUAAAUCGGUUAAAAAACUCUGAAAAAUAUAUGUUCCGCGCAGGCCCGUAGCUAGGCUGGGGCAACCGGGGCAUUGCCCCGGGGCCCCCGGCCAGGGGGGGCCCCCAAAUGAAGGUGGAAAAAUUGAAAAUGAAAUUAAAGUUUAUGUGAAAUUUAUUGAUUACUGUAGGGUCGUAGGGAUAUUUCAUCGAAUCAUCAAAAUGUCUUUAUAAAAAAAUAUUUAAAUAGCUUUUCAAUAUAAAAUAAUGGACAGAUAUUGUUCUCACAGAGAUUUCGUAACAAAAAUAGACAGACUAUCAAUCAGCCUGUCAGUUGUUACGCAAUUAAAGAAAUGCAGUUUGCACUUUUAGUUCACCUUACUCCCCCAUCCCCAACAGUAAUAAACUCGUCCUGACGUCGACGUGACGUAGACGGCUCCGUCUGCCGACUGCCUCUGCCACAGCUGACAGACGACAGUGAGAGUGACUACGACUAGUGAGCUAGUGACAGACAGCCCGGAUAAGGUUAUGUUAUGUUGAUGGUAAACUAACACCAAAAACUGACGUUUUGGCGUUCGUCCGUUACUCGUUUGUUACGGUGUUAAAGUGUUAUACAAUUUGUAUUCUUAUUCUUGUAUUUGUUAAAAUGAAAAGAAGCUAUCAAAGUGGGGCAAAGAAAAGGCAAGACAAGAAGAAAAGAGAAGAGGAUGCUUCAAAGUGUUCUUCCACCCUAUCUGCUUGGUUAUGUCCUACUACUAGUACUACUACAACUAAAAGUACUAAUGUCACAUCUACAUCUAGUACUGAAACUAGACCAAUAAUUGCCUCAGUCCCAGGAAAUGAGAUUGAAGAGGAAGUUACAGCUCAAGAUAACGCUGAAGAAAGUAUUGAUGAAGAAGUAACAUGCCUAGGGCUAGGGCAUCAACAAGAAAAUUGUGCCAAACCUCCAACAAGUCCUACGUCAAGCAGUGAACUGAUCGGCGUAAAUGAUCAAGUAAGUAGACAUGCCAAGUACAGAAUACUUAUAUUAUAUUUUUCAACAUAACAACAUAUGCUGUUUUAUCGCCCUAAACAUGGAAUCCCUACGAUAAAAUAUUCCAUGGUUACAUGGAAGUAAACAGUAUUACUUCCAUGUAAACAUGGAAUUACAGUAAGUCCCUAUUGUUAUGAUCAUGUUUGUAAGAAAAAAAUACUAAUGCAUUGCAAUCUACUUACAGGUGGAAUGUAGCCGGACGAAUAAAAUUAAUGAAACUUGUUUAAACACCGGAGAACCCCAUUUUCCAGACCAGAUCAUCGAUCCAGAGGUGAAAAAACGAAUUAUUGAAUUAGGACUAGGACCCUAUCAACCAGU